AUGCCUGUGACUACAAGGAGAAUGAGCGACAGGCAGCGCCAGGAGGUGGACCAUACUUACAAUGGCAUCGAAGACCGAGUCUCCGAAUGCGUCACGAUGUAUCCUGUGUUUUGUACCGCCAAAAUACCCUCAGAUAUUCUUGACGAGUUUAUCGAUGAGUCAUAUGCAGGAAUAAGAGACACCAUUGGUGAAGGUGACCUCCCAGGCUAUGGCAUGUCUCCAUGCAUUCUCCAAACAACCGAUCUAGAUUCAAUCACUCAUGGCUCCCGCAAGCCGAUGCCAGUAGAUUUUGAAUCUCCCUUCCUUAACUGGACAGACGAGCAGGUCCGAGAGUGGGCGACGAAGGCGUCAAGGCCUGGGCAUCCCUCUUUCGCACAUAGGACAUUUACUAUUCUCGAUCAAAAUACAAUUGAUAACAAGGUAUGCCGCGUGGGAUAUAUUAGUGUCAACGAGGAAGAUGACGAUUAUCGGAUGUUAAGCGAAGUGUUUUAUGCGGAUAUAAUGGCAAGGGUCCCCUUAGAAGAGGCCGAGAUAUGCUGGGAUGAAACGCUAUUGGGAGUAGGAGCGGAUGGGGUACUUGACCCGACUGAGGAAGCGCGCAAAAUGGUUGAAGAUAGCCGUAAGAAGAAAGGGAAGUAA